AGAAAAAAAAAAAAAAUGAAAUGUCGUCGUUACUCAAGUGUCUACUUUAUUAGUUAUUAAAUGCAAACAUUUCUUGUUCUCAAAAUAAAGACAUGAAUAUUUAAUAUAAAGUGAAAUCUUAAUGUUGCAAGAGUAUCAUAUAAGAAAAUAGUAACUAAAAUAUAGUACAUGUGGCAGAAGAUCAAAUUAUAACCAUCAUCGACCGAAUAUCAUUGAAGCAAAUCCCCAGGUUCCAUUAUGCUUUCUGAUGAAUCCAGCAGUGAUUCAGAAACAGGUAGAUUCAAAUGUCGAUCUAAGAAUGAAGAUGAACAAAAGAAAAAUACAAGUAAAAAAGAAGAUAACACUAGACCCUCUGAGCGGCAUAGAUCUUCUAUAAAUGAAAGAUAUAGAAGAGAUUUUGAUAAAAAAAGAAAUGAGAGGGAACAUUAUGAUAGACAUGUUCGUGAAAGGCAUAGGCAUUCAAGGUAUUCUCCUGUGAGUAGGAGAAGAAAUUCAAGAGAUAGAAGCCAGGACAGGAGAUCAUAUGAAAGGCAUAGAUAUAGAGAUUCUAGAGGAAGAUCAAAACCCAGAGACCUUAGGAGUAGUAGUAGAGAUAAACAUAGGAAUACUGGGGUUCAGUUUAAAAAAUCUCCUGAUCAUUUACGAGAUUUCAAGGAAGAAAUUCGACGUAACAUUGCAAAAGAUGAAAGAAAAGACAAACACUCUGAUCACUUGGAAAGAAAGAAAAGGGCAGAUUCUAGAGAGAAGGUGUCUUUGUCUCCUGAUCAAAGAGGAAAAAAAUCUGAAGUUUAUCAACCACCUCCUAUGUUAUCUACUAAAAAUAAAAGUGACAGUCCAAUUAUUGUGGAACAUAGUGAUGAAUCUGAAGAUGUUCAGCCUGGUUCAUACUACAGUAUGAUACCUGCCAUAGUUAAAGAAAAAUCUGAAGAAUCUAGUGAGAUUGAUUCAUCUGAUGAUGAGAAACUUAGAGCCAAACUUUUAAACUUAGAAAACGAGCUUCAGAAAACCAGAAAGAAAAAACAUAAGAAGAAACACAAAAGAAAAAGUUCAAAAUGUAGCAAAGAUAAAGAACAAGAGCCAACCACAUCUGUAGAAGUAAGCAGUACAACUGAUAUUCAAGAUGCAAUUCAAAAUCAUAAUAAUAGUCAUCCUGAAACCGCUGAAGUCUCCUCUACACAAAAAAGUAGUCAAAAAGAAAGCUGUGAAGAGGGAGAAAUAUCAAGUGAUGAAGAAACAGAUAACAACUUUGAAAUUGAUCCUAAUGACUUAAGACAUAAACUAAAAAGAUCUGUACGAAAAUCUGUAUUAGGUUCAGAAAAGUCUGCUUCAGGUGUUUGUGGCCCUGCAUUACCACCUCAUUUAAAGAAUCAGUUUGACCCUUCAAUAGAAAUAGAAGGACCAGCUUUACCCCCACACCUUAAAAAGGGGUCCAGAAAUAUAGGACCAUCUAUUCCCGAUAAUAUGCGUAAAGUACUAGCAGAAACUGAUUGUGAAAUAAUAAAAGACGAGAUUUCUGAUGAAGAUGUAGGUAUUGGCCCAUUGCCUGUAGGCUCUGAAGAAAAAUGGUCGGAUGCCCAUAAACGACUUGAAGAGCGGGCAUUGGACAUAAAGAUAAAACAUUUAGAUGGGCAUUCUUUACAAAGUAAUAAAGUGAAAUCUAGAGAGCAAUGGAUGUUGGAACUUCCUGAGGCUAAAGCAAAAUACCUGGGUUUAGAGGCCCGUAGUUUCAGGAGCAAGGAAGGACCUGACAUGUCGGACAGAUCCAGUUGGACUGACACUCCAGAAGAAAAGGCUCGUAAAAUAUAUGGUUUAGCUAAGGAAGAAGAUGCAGACAUUAAACUACAGCAGGAGGCAAAGGCUCGCCAGAUUGCUAACAGAGAUGAGGAACACGAGACAGCUGUCAGGAAACAUAAAAAGAAACACAAGAGAGAAGAGAGUUUAUUAGAAAUACACCAAAAGAAAUUAAAAAAAAAGAAAAAGAAAGAUGAUAAAGAUGAAGGUAAAAAGGAUCGUCGGCCGUUUAGCCGCGAUAUUGAUCUACAAGUAAACCGCUUCGAUGAAGCCCAGAAGAAGUCCAUUAUAAAGAAAGCUCAGGAUUUAAACAACAGAUUCUCUCGAGGAGAAGCAAAGUAUCUAUAAUUAUUAUCUGAUGUUAUAAAAUGAAUUGAGCUAUGAAUUUUGGGAAAAUCUGAAAUCAGUGACAUGACUCCAUUCACUCAGGAAUCUGAUUUUAUAGAAGGAUUCUCAUUUACAAAUUUACAUGGCAACAGGUGGCAUAUGAAUAUAUCGUUAUUUUACGUUUUUGUUACUGCGUAUUCCAUAUAGAAUUACACAGUCGUAAUCAUGUUUCCGUCCGACGUCUUGUUCUUUCUCUUAGCGCGCAGAUGAAAAUGUAGUUCGUUUCAAUAUGUCUUAAUGAAAAAGUGACCAAUUUUGUUGAAAUUAUUACAGAAAUACUCUCUAAAUGAAAUUAUUAACAAAUCGAAACAUUCAAUCAAAAAUUAAUCAAUUAUUUUUUGUAUUACUAUUGGAUAUUAACAGAUUCUCUAAUGGUCGCAUCAGUUAUUAAUUUGUUUACAUUUUCAUAAAAUUUCUAUUAAGUUGACAGACUGUAUCUGGUUAUCGAUACAUUCAUUUACCAGCGGUUGCUGAGUAUGUUUGUUGGUAUCUGAAUGCCAUUGUAAAAAUAUAAAAAUUUUCAUAAAUUUUGUUAGAUAUUAUUUAUAUUCUGAGAAAUGAAAUGUUUGGUAGUAUGUUGAUAUGUAUGUUUCAUAUCAAAAACGGCUUGUGGAAUAUAAAAGCAUUUAAAAUUGUAAACAACCUUUGAAUUAAAUAAAAAUGUGUACGUUGAAAAUAGUAUGCAUUAUAAUACUUUUGCUAAUGUAGUUACAUGUAAUCAACAGUUCAUUGUAAGCGUUCAUACCGAGCCUUACCACAAUGUGGCAAUGUUGCUAAUAUCUAUUUUGAAAAACGAUUGAAAAUUUUUUUUUUUUGUAUAUUUCUGACUGAUUAAUUUAAGAAAAAAAAAUUGCUCUGAUGGAAAGUCGUCACUGUCGUAUAGACGAAAUAAAUAAUUUUACUUUAAAAUUUUUAAACUAUUUCAAAAAUUCCAAAACAAAAUUAUUAAAAAAAAAAAAAUAAAAUAUUGUAAUGUAUAAUUACAAUAUUUUGAUUUUUAUAAGUAUAUUAACUUUUUAGUUCGUUAGUAGAGCAUUUUAUAAAUAAUUAACCAGAAAUAUUGAAAAAUUUUUUUACUUGUUUUUGAAAAUUGAUACAUAAUUCCGACUUUGCCUCACGUCGUCAAGCUUCUAUAUAAACACUUAUACCAGUAAAUAAAGUAUUUAAAUACAGUAACUACAUACUUAAUAGGUUUGGUUUCACCUGUACCCAACUUUAAUACCAACGUAAUGCAAUGUGGUAAGUAUUGUAUAUACCAGAAGUGGUCAAGGCAAAAAAAUACAAUAUUUUGCUAAUGUAGCGGAAUAUAAAUAGCUAGUUACUAUGAAUAAUUUUCAUCUUUAUAUUUUCCAUCUUAAUAAAAUAAAAAAUACUACAGUGCUACAUAAUUGUGUCUGUAUUACAUAUGUUGUUUCAUUUGAGAUUUCAAAAUGUAUGUAAUUGGUAGAUUGAACAGAGUUUCGUCAAUAAACAGUAAAUCUUGAGUCUAGUCAAGUCGGCCAUUCCUGGUAUAUAUACUUACUUAAUAUCGACAAAUACUAUUUUCUUUUAUACCUAAGUAAGUGUGAUUUUAUUGGCAAAAUAUAAACGUAUUUUUACAUCAACUUUUAAUAAUGUACAAAUGAUAUGUAUAGCAUAGUUUGUGUAAAUACAUAUUUCUCGUUUACUUAA